AGGAGCGAGGGAGAGAGAAGGGGGGCUGGGGGAAGGAGGGUGGAUUGAUCUGAAAUCUUGUUCUGCUUCAGAAGACAAACGAGCGGAGAGGAAACAAGCCGCGCAAACGCUUUCCAGCUUUGUUAGUUUUCGAUCCAACGUUUACGUGAAUUUGUGAAUGAAAGCGGCUGAGGAAGAGGAGGAGGCGCAGGUUAAGUGGACGCUGCUUCCAGUGCACGCAUCGCCUGCUUUAAUGCGCAAAAAGAGGACGCGAUUACCCUCACAGAUCGAAGCGCUUUCUUCGGGCAGUCUUUUGCGCUGUUGUGGGGGGAGCUGCAAACUUUCUUCAUUUUAAAAAAAUAAAGAAAAAGCUCAGAUUGCAUUCUUUCCCACUUCAAACAUUUCGGAGGUGAUGUCAUCGGUCCGUGUUUUGGCUGCUGUUUCGCUGGAGCUCCAGAAUUGAGUCCGAGAAAUCAGGUGCAGGGAGCUGCGAGCGUGUGCCGCUUUCCUUCUGCUUUCACUUUUCCCCCCAUCAUCUGACCUGGACCGCGCCGCCGUCUCUCCGGCGCAGCAGCCAUGACCGAGUACGCUCCACGGUACCCGGAGUCCAGCUCGCCGCCGCUGCGUCUUCACCGCUCCAUCCCCGUCCAGGUGCUCUGCCUCCCGCGGCGCGUCAUUUCGCCCGAAACGGAUCAGCAUUGACACGAACUCUCAUGCGUGCGGAUGCACUCUACGGAGUUUUAAUCGUUAUCUGUGGAAGGACAUUUCCGGCAGUAAAAGUUAGGCUUGGACUGCUUGGAAAACACUGGGCACGAACCUUUUGCUGGCUUUCGAAAAGUUUGUUAUGAGCGGAAACGACGAAUAGGUGUGGGUCGCGUUUGAACUUCGUUUCACCUGUUCCUCAGACUCCGGAGGCUUACGCUUCGCCCCGCCUCCUACCCCUUACCGACCGUGCACCGCGACCAUCCGUGUCGGCGUCGGCGGCGCGCUCACACCCCGCUGACCCCUUGCCGCCCAUUGAAGGAAAAAAGAUGCAGUCCACCCGCGCCAGCGGGAACAUCCGCGGACCCUCCAUUCAAACGGAUUAAACAAACCCGACGGACGUGAAGCUGUGACCCCGAAAGCCGUUUCGCAAUCGCGCACGGAGCCACACGGACGCGGAGGAAGCGAUGUGGGCCUUUCUCUCCACGGUGGCUGUCUUGUAUAUCCAGAUGAUGCUGGUCAUGUGCAAUCCUCUACAGGUGUUUGGAGUGGACGGGGUGAAUUUCAGCGUGCAUGUGGAGAAUCAGACUCGUGCACGAGAUGCCAUGAGCCGGCGACAUCAUCGUGUGUACCAGCUUUACAGCCGCACCAGUGGGAAACACGUCCAGGUGUUCGGACGCAAAAUCAGCGCCCGAGGAGAGGACGGAGACAAAUAUGCCCAGCUCGUAGUGGAGGCAGACACCUUCGGCAGCCAGGUGCAAAUCCGAGGGAAGGAAACCAAUCAUUACCUGUGUAUGAACCGCAGAGGGAAACUCAUAGGCAAGAAAGCCAGCAAUCGUAGUGCAGACUGCGUCUUCAUCGAGAUGGUUCUGGAAAACAACUACACAGCACUAAUGUCAGCGCGCUAUAAUGGCUGGUAUGUGGGCUUUACCAAAAGAGGGCGCCCUCGACGUGGUCCCCAAACACUUCCCAACCAGCAGGACGUCCACUUCAUGAAGCGCUUCCCACCCGGAGAGCAGCCGGAUUUAACGCCGUUCCGCUUCACUACGGUCAGCAAGAGGAGCAAGAGAGUCCGUGCGGCGCGACCACGCUAAUGCUGACACUGGUGUCCCACUGCUAACGUUUACAUGAGGACGAGGAAUAAACAACAAAACAGUCCCAGUGAAAAUGACACUGCUAGUGCGAAGCCGGACUGUCUUGUCUUAUUUGAACAGACCAUCACUUUAUAUUCCAGUGGGUUGGACCUCUACAACCCUAAUAACAAUAACAGCUAAUUUCCACCAGAGCUGUGGUUAAGACAGCUUGCUUCAGACAUGGAGAUGACUAACCAAAGCAAACACAAGCAAACGUCUGGCCCAGCGGACGGAGGAGGGAGCGUUAAGCAGCCCACAAUGAAGACACGAAACAAAACACAAGCGAAUUGGCCUGUAGACGGCGACUGUGUGGCAAUUUUCCUAAGACAAGAUUCGGACGGGAUCCCGCCUAAGGGAGAGGAGCAGAAAUCUCUGAACCUGCAGAAGAAAGUCAGACAGAAAUGGACUCUGGUUAGAAACUCAGAAGGUCAUAAAGGUUACCGUUAUAUGAGAGCUCCUUUGGUAAGACCUGCCUUAAAGGAUACGCUCAGACAAAAAUGAAAAAUCGGGCAUUGUUUGCUCACCUCAUGUUGCUCCCAACACGUGUGUGGCUAUUUUUCACACUACAGUUCAUAGUUAACAUCCGUCAAGCUCUCGAAUGGUUUAAAAUAACAAUAAUAAUAAUAAUAAAUUGUUCACAUGCAUUAUAUUCCAGCUCAUACAAAUCAUUCAACAGCUUUAAGAUAUUAUUAUUAUAGCUUAAUAUAAUUUAUAGUUAUUACUAUAUAAAUUACCAUAUUUCAUCUUCUAUGUCUUUUACAUCAGUGACACACACACACACACACAC